UUCAUCGAUAAUGUAAGGCGCGGCCUCCGUGCAUCUUUUUCUCCUCUACUAUACACAACAAUCGAGCCUUUUCUUGUCCUCUUUUUGUCUUCCUUGUCUACAGCCCAACAGCGACAGCCUCCUCCCAGCCAUGCCGACCGAACAAAUGAGCAGUGCCAACAAGCCCCUCAGCGCCGAGGGCCGGACAUACCACGUCGAGACCAAGUAUGGUGAAGUUGCUAACCGCAUCAUCACUGUCGGCGACCCGCAGCGCGCUCGCAUGAUGUCAAAGUUCCUCGACAAGGUCCUGUUUGAGCGGUCCUCGCACCGUGGGUUCCUGACGAUCACCGGGAUCUACCGCGGGCUGCCGGUCUCGAUCGUGGCCAUUGGCAUGGGCCUGUCGAUGAUGGACUUUUUUGUGCGCGAGACACGUAUGGUGGUUGACGGUCCGCUGUCGAUUGUGCGGUUUGGCUCGUGUGGUUCCAUCGGGGAAGCCAAGACCGGCGAUGUGAUUGUGGCUCGGUCUGCGUUUGGUAUCUCGCGCAACUUUGACUACUUCCGGACCCCCUCUGACACGCACAUUAGCGACAAGCCGUACAUUCUGUGGCGCGCAUCGCCGGCAGACUCGCAGCUGACUGAGUGCGUCAAGAGCGAGAUGGGCAAGAGUAUCGGAAGCGAGCAUGUGUUUGAGGGUGAUGUCGGUAACGCUGACAGCUUCUAUGGAUCGCAAGGCCGCACGGGUACUGAUUUCUACGACGGUAACGAACAUCUGCUGAGGUACAUCCACGAGGUGUACCCGGGAGCUACGGCGCUUGAGAUGGAGAGCCACAUGCUGUUCCACCUGGCCGAGGUCUCGACUGGCGCUAACAAUGAUCAGCCCAAGUCGAUCCGUGCUGCCUGCGCCCUGAUGGUGUUCGCUGACCGUACGGGCAACUCGUUCAUCAGCCCUCAGCGCAGCGCCCAGGUCAUCGAGAGCUGUGCCCGGGCACUGUUCGACAGUCUGGUGGCAGACAUGCCUUCACAGGAGGGUUUGCACCCGGCCGAAGGCAGCGUAUGGGCCAACGAGCUGGCAAAGUAAGCUAAAUAGCAUAUUAACACCAGCUCUCUUCUGCAAAUAUACACUGUAUCACGCCAUCUUGCUUCAUGCAAAACAACACAUUUGUGUGCAGACCAGGGGACAUUCGCUCAGGCCCGGAUUUAAGCUGGCUGAUGUAUAUGGAGCUGGAAAGGGCAUGGUGCGACACUGGCACAACCACACAACAAAGGCUACUCCCCUCGGCGUCUGCACCAACCUAAGGGCGCCAAGGACACUACGAGAUUCGCCACCUACGCAGUGGAUUCAUGUGCAAUGCUGAGGGUGCCCUUGUUGCCUGGCGCCAGCUUGAGC